AUGGCAAGCACGAGCGGGACACAGGUCCAAAUAUCUCCGACCAUCGAUAGGAAAUCAUCAAGACGAUUGUUCGUGGGAGGACUGGCACCGUAUGCGAGGAAACGACAUCUGACCAAGCUAAUCAAGAUUUACGAAGCGGAAUCGAUUAUCUUACCAGAGGCUUCAUCAAGGAUGCAGAAAUAUCCAUACGUGACUUUCCAAACACCCGAACUUGCGACCGUUGCGAUGGAAAAGCUCAAAGGUUUAAAAUUGCACAAGAAAAAGCUACAUAUUACCUACGCAGACCAAUGGCAAGAAAUCCGAACCCUGAAAGCGAAACCAAAGCACCAAGACCGAAGCAUCGAAGAGGACCCGCUACCGGGAUUCAAACCCAAGGAAGCACUACUACUACUAGUAGAAAUAAUAUCAACGAUCGCAAGAUACCUGCAGUAUAAGGAUCGAGCCCGAUUGGAAUUAGUAUCAAGACAAUGGAACGCUGGAAGUAAAGCGUCGCAUAAGGAUACCGGAAUUCUCAAUCCCAACAGAUGGGAAUGGACGAACGGAUGGAAUCAAACCUUCAACGACCAAGGGUUAUUCUGGCUAGUGAAGAGAUGUAGAAAUUACAUCGAAGAAGCAGACUUACGAGGAAUACAGAACCUGAAAUCCACAGCUGUGACGAUCCUGGCAAAGAACUGCCCAAAUUCAAAAAGAAUAAAUUCAAGAUCAUUAAUGAUUAGAGAAGGUGCGACAAGAUCCAUCAGUGAGUACUUAACUAAAUUAGAGACACUGGAAUUGGGGCAGAUAAUCGGACCGAUAGAUAUGGAUAUCGAAAAGAUAUUAGCCAAUAACACUAGGCUAAAGCGAUUGGCACUGCAUAAUAAUGAAACAACUGGAAGGGGCUUAGUCGAUAGGACAUCGCUAGAAGACAUAGAGAUCCAAAACUGCGACGCAAUAAAGACAGAAGAGCUAACAAGGGCGAUCCAAAACCAGAGAAGACUCAAGAGAUUGGAAAUUAAGCACUGCAAGCAACUAACGCGCCUGAAAUUAUUAGAUGUGCUAAUCGCAAACAUCAACGUGAAGACCACGCUGAAGGAGCUGAUAUGUGUGGAGAUGGUCCUGACAGCGAAACCGGUGAAGAAAACGGAAUAG